AUGCUCUAUGCGAUCGGUGCCACAUGGUCAACCAGUCAAUCCUCAAGCUUGUCCUUUGGUGCAAGGUCGACCUUGACCGGCGCUUCUGUACAAUUUGAUCCCGUUGAAGGCCAGGACAAGGGUGACUCCAACUGGGCUCCUUCGUUGGAUGUCACCCAACCAAAGCUUACCGGCUCUUCUGCUACAUUGGUCCCUUGGAUUCAAAGCUCGAUUCAGAUCUCGGUGAAUGUUCUUGGACGCAAUUUGCCAAAUCUCGUGACGCUCAACAGUCAACUCAGUCUAGGAUUCACACAGUCUUAUGUUACAAUGGCUAAGCUGGGUCAUGCGCAAUGUGGUGGGGGACAGUUGCAGUCAACGUCGUACAGGAACGUUGUCAAUUCGAUAAAUUUUGCAAGCUCGGGAACGGACACUUUGUAUUCUUCAAGUGGACAUGAUGCGCCUGUCUGCCAAAAUGCCCAGACUGGACCACCAUCAGCCGCCCAGGUCUCUGCUCUCGAGGCAGUCCCAGGAGCCGGACGUUUCUGUUCAUCAUUCAUUGGCUAUAUGCCUUCAACUAUCAACGUUACCGUCACUACAACUCUGACCAAGGCAACCUCUACAGUCAGUGUGGUUGGUUCUGGCACUACGACUGUGACACCUUCUUUGGAGACCACAACCGUCACGAUUACGUCUUCGGUGUCGAGCAUAGCUCAGAACUUCAAGCGCUCGGUCACUACAACGAGAGAUUCGUCUGACCUUGAGCGCCGCGACCUGGUUGCCAGGAGAGUCAUCCCAACACCGACUAUCGUUUCCACCUGGGUGCCUCAGCAAGUGAGCGCUGCAUGUUCUUCAAUGGCUACAGGAUUAAUCCAGGCAAAUGUCACCUCUACUCGGAUCAUCUCAUCAGGGAUCACAACUGCGACCAUCCAAGGCACUGUUACAGCAAGCGCCCCAACUACCACCACGACCAGUAUUGUAUAUGCUCCAGCGGUGGCCCCUUACAACGCAGUGUCGAAUACUGAGAUCGGUUCCGAUCCUAGUACAUCUAAUCCCUGGACAUUCUCCGGCGCAGCCAACAACUACUAUUACACCCGUACCAUCCCGGCAAUUGGGGGAUUCAGAGGCCAACCCUUCACCUUCACGUUGAGUCGUGGCCAGAUACUGGGUACUGGAUCCAUCACACAGGUCCUCUCUGACCUCGAGCCCGGCUGGACCUAUAACUUGACUCUUAAAACCGGGUUUGAUAGCACGACCGAUUCUUGCACUGUCACGUACAGUCUCGAUGGUGUAGCUUUUGAGAGCUACUCACCUUCGAACACAGGUGGUUCCGCUAGUAACCCGUGGGAUUCAUCUCAUCACGCUAAGAUGAAGUCUGAUGGACCUUAUCAAGUCGUGCCCACUGCGACUACACAGACAUUGGGCAUCAGCAUGAGCUGCACAGCGGAUGGCGGGUUUGCUGAGUUUGCAGGGGUGAAUUUCUGGGGUCCAUUGCCAGAGUAA